UGUUAAGCAGCUGUUCCUGCACUUGUCCUGCCCCUGGUGCCUGACACUCCUCAACCACAAGAGAUCGGCCAAUCCCGUUGGGGUACAGAUCACAUUUCGGUAUAAUUGCAAGACAUAACCAGGCCGGGGGGUGAUUGAAAAGUCUCACAACUGCUCAGGCCCCCUCAGUGCUGCUCUCUGCUCUCCUGCCUCAGCUGACCAAAAGCCACCAUGUCUGACACAGAAGACGUUGAGCAGGUGGAGGAAGAAUACGAAGAAGAAGAAGCACAAGAAGAAGAACAACAAGAAGAAGAAGAACCUGAAAUUCAGGAGGAAGUAGCUCAAGAGGAGGAAGUUUAUGAGGGGGCUGAGGAGGAAGAGGAGAAGCCAAAGCCCAAACUCACUGCACCUAAAAUACCAGAUGGAGAGAAAGUAGACUUUGAUGAUAUCCAGAAGAAGAGACAGAACAAAGACUUGAUUGAGUUGCAGUCUCUCAUUGACCAGCACUUUGAGGGCCGUAAGAAGGAAGAAGAAGAACUUAUUGGAUUGAAAGAGAGAAUUGAGAAACGUAGAGCCGAGAGAUCUGACCAGCAGAGGAUCAGAGCCGAAAAAGAGAAGGAGCGUCAGAACAGACUUGCUGAGGAGAAAGCAAGAAGAGAGGAACAGGAUGCCUUGAGACGUGCUGAGGAUGACAUGAAGAAGAAGAAGGCUCUGUCCUCCAUGGGAGCCUCAUACAGCAGCUACCUAGCCAAGGCUGACCAGAAAAGAGGCAAGAAGCAAACAGCCCGUGAGCAGAAGAAGAAGAUUCUGGCAGAUCGUCGCAAGCCCCUGAACGUUGACCACAUGAAUGAGGACAAACUCAGGGACAAGGCCAAGGAGCUUUGGGACUGGCUGUACGAACUGGAAUCUGAGAAGUUUGAGAUGGGAGAGAAGCUCAAGAAACAGAAAUAUGAGAUUACAACCCUGCACAGGAGAGUGGAAGAACUCUCUAAGUUUAGCAAGAAGGCAGCUGGAGGCAAAGGAAAAGUUGGAGGCCGCUGGAAGUAAGCUCCCCCAUCAACAAGACCUUCUUCUGACAGAGAGCAGCCCCUCUUCAUCCUUCUUUUACCAAACCCAAUCCUGCAGGAAGCUGGCUACACUGAGUGCCCCACAAGAUAGCUGUCAUGUCUUACCCCGAGGGCCACCGUUUUCUCUCUGUGGACUGCUCUGUAUGAUCUCUUCUCUUUUGUAAAUAAAGUGUGAAGCUUCUUACCCUUA